GGGGAAAAUAAUCUUCUUUGUGUGUACAGCAGUUCAGCACACAAUCGUCAUUCACCCGAUGGCCGCUGAAAUAAAAACAGUUAUAUCAGAGCGAAGAUAGAAAGUCGGGACUGCCUUUUUAACCGUUGUUUGUUCCACCCCCGCGAGGAGAGACAAAGGAAAAAUGGAGAAAAUAGUGCAGCGAGUGACCUCUGUUUGCCACACGGACCGCGUCUGGCUGCGCGAAUUUCUAGCCGAGUUCCUCGGGACGUUUCUCCUCGUCUUUAUAGGGAACAACUCGGUGGCGCAGUCGGUGCUGAGCAGCGAGAGCGCCGGCCAGUUCGUCUCGGUCAACUUCGGAUACGGCUUCGCGGUGACGAUGGGCGUGCUGGUGGCGGGCGGCGUGUCCGGCGGCCACAUCAACCCGGCGGUCACCCUCACGUUGGCCCUCGUCGGCAAGUUUCCGUUCAGGAAGGUGGCGCACUACGUGGUGGCGCAGUACCUGGGCGCCUUCCUCGCGGCAGGCGCCACCUACGUCGUCUAUAUCGAUGCUAUCAAUUCGUACGAAGCCGGCAGUAACAGACCAAUUAUGGGCGACGGAGCCACGGCCGGCAUUUUCGCAACGUAUCCGCAAACGUUUCUUAGCGAGGAGGUCGGAUUCGCCGAUCAGGUAUUUGGCACAGGAAUCUUGCUGGCCGUGGUGUGCGCGUUGUCCGACCCGAAAAACCGGGUGCCGAAGAGCUUGGCGCCGGUGUUCGUGGGGCUGACGGUGGUGGCGAUCGGCAUGUCCAUGGGCUUCAACUGCGGCUACCCCAUUAAUCCGGCCAGGGACCUGGCGCCGCGCUUCUUCACAGCCAUCGCCGGCUGGACGUGGCGCGUAUUUACCAUAAGAACCUGGAGCUACAUUCCACUUGUGGCGCCUCACGUGGGUGGUCUGUUAGGCGCCCUCAUUUACAUGUUCUUCAUUGAGGCGCACUCACCUCACGACGAUCAACUCCCUGUUGCUGCUGACCGAGAUUCCAAAGAGAUGGAGAUUAAACAAGUCUGAAAAUAUGCCAAAACUGCUCAAUAUUCUUCACUAUUUUAUAUUAUGCAUAUUUACAAAAGGUUUUCUGAAGUACAAAUCCAUUUGAUGAAAUCUUUUGUUACAUUCCUGGAGAAAAAAUAAACCUAAAACCCGUGGGAAAAUAAUGGCGUUUGUUAAAUUUAUGCCUCCAGAUGAUAUAACUGUUAUCCGAUCCGUUUGGGUGCCAUUGAUUUGUUGAUGCUAAUAUUUGCAACCUGUUAUAGCGAGCAUAAAUAUUGACUCAGCUGUAGGUUGCCUCACAGAAAAGCUAAUUUAAAACAUAUAUAUGUACUAUGUUUUUGGAACGAACAACUCCAGGACAGUCUUUUUCAGCUAUUAACUGUCUAACUUUUUUUAAAUUUAAAAUAAAAUCAUUAAAAUU